UUCGAUGAAUGUAUGAUGGCUGGAGACUCGGAGCUUAUGCUUAAGCAGUCAUGUGCUUACGAAUGUCGGCUUUUCAAAAAUAAGUUUAGCUUUCAUCACAGCACACCAAAAGAAUGUACCAGCAGAAGUGUAAUAGACCACAACACUUCCCAUUAUAACUACCUAUGCAAGGAUAAAACGAAGUUUAGACCGACGGAAGAGAAGACAUAUAAAACAAUCGCUACUGAUAUUUCUGCAGCAGAUAAAAGGAUGAUAAACUGCGCCACUUUGAAAGAUAUAAAGAAGAGAAAAGCCAGCCAUGACCAGCACCGUACAAAUUCGAAGAGAACUGGAAUUCAGACGUCAAGCCUAGCAAGUCAACCAUUGACGAGAUGUCAGCAGCUUUUAACAGAAGAAGUAUAUCAAUGCACCACCCCUGUGAACUCAGGAAUGACACCGUAUUUGUAUGCAAACCGUGACCAUUUGGACAUUAAACACAGCACGCCUAAGGGGGUGGAAGAUAUUUUAGAAGAGGAUUUGGAUGAAGAUGCAUUGUGGGCCGGUGCUUCGGCUAAAGUCUUACAGCGCGUCAUGUCAGCGCCCCAGCUUCCGGGACAACCAGAAUUUCCCGAAGUGAAAAAACUGCAUCAUGCAACGUCACUUCCCCAAUUAUGGAUGCCAAAACACGGAAGUCAUCAUCUGCAUAUUUGGCAGCGUCGUCUACAGGUGUUAAACCGGAAAACGGAGAAGAUGCGCGAAAAAGACCAAGCUCUGAAAGACAGACUUGAAAUUAUUCAAAAGCGAGCCGACCUGUUAGCCAGGAGUCCUGUGAAUACACCCCCAAAACAGUCUGAUGCGAAAACAUCGUCCGUUCGUGGAAACAAUAGAUGUUACGUAAAUGCUAAAAUGUCCACCGAUGUUACUACUGUCAGAAAACCAAAGCCGACCGGCAGUCACGCACCUCCAGAAAAGGGAGGUCAGUAUCCCCCACCCCAGGGCGGCGGAUAUGGUGCAUACCCCCCACCAUCCGGUGGAGCUUACCCUCCACCAUCCGGGGGAGCUUACCCCCCGCCCCCUGGCGGCGCCCCCGGUUACCCCGGUGGAGGAUAUGGAGCCCCUCCCGGUGGUUACGGAGCGCCGCCUGGUGGUGGAUAUGGAGCGCCCCCUGGGGGUUAUGGCGCGCCACCUGGCGGGUAUGGGGCUCCUCAAGGAGGAUAUGGAGGAUAUGGACCACCCCCCGGCACUGGACCGGUUGGCCAUCCUCCAGGUGGCUAUGCUCCUCCACCGAUGGGCAACAUGGGUAAUUUUGGACCACAGCCAACUGGGCCAAUUUUUAACCCGCCAAUCCCCUUCCAGGCCCCCUUCCCUGGCGGGGCCCACCCAGGGAGAUCAGUAAUCGUCAAAGGCGUGAUCACCGGAGAUGAUGGAUUUACGCUGAAUUUCAAGUGUGGAGAAGAAAACAACUUUCAUUUUAACCCCCGUCCAAACCAGGGCUGUGUCGUUUACAAUCACAACCAGCAUGGGUGGGGUACCGAGGAGCGGCACCAGAAUCCCUUCCAUCCCGGACAACCGUUCGAGCUUUGUAUCACUAUAGAGCCAAAUCAGUAUAAGGUAUUUGUUAACCACCAACCCUUUCCCAGUUUUAACGCAAGGAUGUUUCCGAUAGAGAAGUUUGAACUAAUACAGAUUGGAGGUUCAGUUAACGUCCAAGAGAUCAACUUUUCCUAAUCGACCGUCUGCUUGUGUUUUAAACAAUCACUAUGAAUAACAGCUAAUGUUUUGGACUUUUACGAUUUUAUCAUUAAACUUAAUAUGGUUUAUAUAAUCAUUGAUAAGAAAGUGUGGACAAAUUUUUGUGCAUUAAUAAAUUUAGUUGAGUUAUUGAUCAAAUAAAGGUUAAUAUAACUACC